AUGGCCGUCUUGCCUCCGACCGUCCACCCGAUUCAGCCUCCAAGCGGAUCUCAGAUCGAUUUCGGAGCGCAGAUCGAGGGAAUCGACUUGGAGAACAUUUCCGACGAACAAUUCACAACGAUCCGCAACGCACUAUACAACCACCACGUGGUAGUUUUCAAAAACCAACAAAAAAUCUCCCCAAAAGCCCAAUAUGAACUCACAAAGCGCUUCGACCCUGCAGCCGACAAUUACGGCCACGGCAAGACCAUCGACGCAAAACGCAGCAUCCUCCACCCAGACCUGAAAACCGUUCCUCACCAACCACAAGUGCAAAUCAUCGGCAACGGAUUCGUCGAGUCUUACGAGGGUCUGGAGAACUUCCAACUGCGACACCCGCACCACCGCACUUUCCAUAAAGAUCGUAUCCCGGACGACAAGGACUAUGAUUAUACGCGGUUUUAUCGCUGGCAUAUCGAUGCUGCCUUGUACGAUUUGAAUCCGCCGCAGGUGACUACCUUGCUGGCUGUGCGUGUACCGAAGGGUCGGCGGCAGACUCUCCUUUACGAUGACGGGUCUGGCGAGACGAUGGAUGUACCACUGGGUACGACGGCGUUUGUGAGCGGCGAGAGGAUGUAUGAAUUACUCUCGCCGGCUGAGCAGGAGUUUGUGCGGACGAUCCCGCACACUCCCGCUCCACAGGACUCGGCCUACACUCCGAAGGCCUCGAACUCCCAGCAACCUCCCUCCCCCCCCAUCGAAGCAAACAAAAUCAAAACCUUCCCCAUGCUCUGGAAAAACCCCGUCACUGGCAAACUAUCCCUGCAAAUCCACCCGUCAGCCAUCCGAAAGAUCCAUCUCGCCGACGGCUCGGUGAUAGAUGAUCUGGAACGAGUGCGGGAAAUCGUGUACAAGCUACAGCGCCCCGGUAUCAGCCCGCAGUAUGUUUAUGCGCAUGAUUGGGAAGAAGGAGAUUUGGUGUUGUUUAAUAAUCGGGGUGUUUUGCAUUCUGUUGUUGGGGCGUUUAAGCCGGAGGAGGUGCGGUUGUUUAGGCAGUGUAAUCUGGCGGCUUCGGAGCCGCCGGUUGGUCCUUAG